ACAGAAUGCAUGAGAAACAAGAUCCUUGCAAAGUUCUUCAGAGAGAGACAGGAAGUCCUCCAGCAUUCCCUUCCACUAGGGUCCUACCUUUUGAAACCUGUUCAGAGGAUCCUUAAGUACCAUUUACUGCUGCAUGAAAUAUCUAACCACCUGGACAAAGGUACAGAAGGAUAUGAUGUUGUACUUGAUGCCAUAGACACGAUGCAGCGAGUUGCUUGGCAUAUCAAUGACAUGAAAAGGAAACAUGAGCAUGACAUCCGGCUACAGGAGAUUCAGAGCCUGCUGACGAAUUGGAAAGGG